UAUAUAAGGUAGACAACUGAACCUGAUAUAUUUAACGGGCCUUUGUAGCCCCUUCUGAAUCGUAUAUUUUCGCGCUGCCGAACGCUCAUGAACCACAAAAUCGUCCGAUGUUCAAGUAAGUUGUUCGUUAGAGAACCGAAAUCCUGUAUAAACUCUUUGGUCCAGUAAAAAUGAGACGGAAAAACCUCUUUCGAGCUGCUAAAGCUCUUAUUACUCAGGAAUCAGAACGGUUCAAUCCAUUGUGCAUUUUCGAGGAUAAAGGAUGGUUAAUGGAAGUAUAAACAAAUUGCCCGAAGACUUGGUAUAUUGUAUACUAUUACGAUUCCCGGUGAAAUCUCUCAUGCGAUUCAAAUGCAUAUCUCAAGUUUGGUACCAUUUCAUACAAUCCACCACUUUUAUAAAUCUUCAUCUCAACCGCACAACAAGCGUAGAAGACGAAUUCAUUCUUUUCAAGUACUCCAUCAAAGAAGAUGCAGAAGAAUUUAAAAAUGUCUUGUCUUUUCUUUCUGGUCAUGAUGAUGAUGCUCUUAACCCUCUUUUUCCAGAUGUAGACGUGUCAUACAUGGCCUCCAAUUGUAGUUGUACUUUUUUCCCACUCAUCGGUCCUUGUAAUGGUUUGAUUGCUUUGACAGAUUCCAUAACCACAAUCUUAAUUAAUCCGGCUACUAGAAAUUUCAGAUUGCUCCCACCUAGCCCUUUUGGUUGUCCAUAUGGUUACCAUCGUUCUGUUGAAGCGCUUGGGUUUGUCUUCGACUCGAUUGCGAAUGACUAUAAAAUUGUUAGGCUUUCUGAAGUGUUUUGGGAUCCUCUUAAUGAUUAUCCUGGUCCUAAAGAGAGUAAAGUUGAUAUAUAUGAUUUGAGCAUUGAUUCUUGGAGAGAACUGGAUUGUGAACAGUUGCCAUUGAUUGAUAGGGUGCCUUGUGCUGAGACAUUUUACAAGGAAGCGGUUCAUUGGUUUGGAACUAUAUAUUUGACUAUGGUGAUUCUUUGUUUUGACGUGAGCACUGAGGUUUUUCGUAAUAUGAAAAUGCCUCGUACUUUUAUUUUGGACAACGCGCAAUUUCCUGGCCUUGUAAUCUUAAGCGAGUCUCUAACAUUAAUAUGUUAUCCGAACCCAAGCGCUAUUGAUCAUAUGCAAAAAGUAACGCACAUUUGGGUGAUGAAGGAGUAUGGAGUAAGCGAGUCUUGGAUUUUGAAAGACAUAAUUAGGCUUCCUCCUAUUGAAUAUCCGUUAGAUAUUUGGAAGAAUAAUUUAUUGCUGUUUCAAAGCAAAAGCGGACUUUUGAUUUCCUAUAAUCUCAAUUCCGAUGAAGUAAAGGAACUCAAAUUAAAUGGUGUUCCUGGAAGUAUGAGUGUUAAAGUUUACAAGGAAUCCUUAACUUCAAUCCCAAGAGGGUUGAAAUUAUAAAGACGGUUUAUUGUUUCAAAUUUGAUGAAUUAGCACCUAAAUUUUGACAACUUUUUUUCCCGAAGAUUUUAAUUAUAUUGUUUUAUAAGGUGGCUUGUUCACUAAAUUAUGCUAGUUAUGACAAAGGCUUGCCAUGUCGUAUAAUUAGAAUUCUUCAUAUUAUUUAUUUUCACGUGCAUCGAUAAUUCUGUAUCCAGUUAAAAUUAUUAAAAAUUACAGCAUAU